CUAUUUCUCCCUCGAAGCCGCAAGAAUGGCGGCCGGCACGAGGGUGGAGUCGCUGCCGGAAGAAUGCCUGUCCCACGUCCUGUCGUUCGCUUCUCCCACCGAUGCGUGUCGGUCGUCGGCUGUGUCCUCCGCUUUUCGCGACGCGGCGGAUUCCGACCUCGUGUGGGAGAAUUUCCUGCCGUCGGAUUAUCGGGAGAUUGUAUCCAGAUCAGUUUCGCCGGUGGAGUUCUCGUCCAAGAAGGAUUUGUUCCGCAGGCUUUCGUCUACACCGCUUCUCAUUGAUGGGGGUAAAAAGACAUUUUCAAUAGAUAAAUGUACAAGAAAGAAAAUCUACAUGUUGAGUGCAAGGGAACUUUCAAUCACUUGGUCAACCAAUUCCCUAUAUUGGUCAUGGAAGAAACCCUUUCUCAUCUCAAGAUUUCCAGAGGUAGUGGAGCUAGUAAUGGUGUGCUGGCUAGAAAUACAUGGCAAAAUAAACAUCAGUAUGCUGUCGCCAGAUACGACUUAUGGUGCCUAUCUUAUUAUUCAAUUGUUGGACCGUGCUUUUGGAUUGGACACAGUGUUAUCUGAAGUUUCAAUUGAAGUCGGAAAUUACAGAAUGCAGAGACCUAUUCAUCUGAAGCGCGACCAAUGCAGGAAGGAAGGACUGGAGGGGUUGAGGAGAGGGGAAGACGAAGAGGUGAUUCGUGCACGUGGCGAUGGAUGGUUGGAGGUUGAGUUGGGGGAGUUCUACAACAAUGGGAGUGAGAAGGAGGUGAAAAUGUGGUUUAGAGAAACUAAGGGUGUGCAUCUCAAAGGGGGUCUUCUUGUUGAAGGCAUUGAGCUUAGACCCAAAGAGUGAGUGAAAAUGUGUGGUUGUGUGUUCAUGUGGUGAAUUUUGCUCCAAAGAGUGAGUGAAAAUGUAUUUUUAUUUUCAAUUUCAGUGAAAAAAAAUGUAUUUUAAAUUUUGUAUAGUAAUUGUAUGAAUAAGAACAUAUUUUGAUUAACUAAUAA